CCGAGCUAAACUCUAGCGUAAAGUUUGAACCUCUCCAUUAUCAGGCGGCGCGUGGGUUUGCAAUUUUCCUUGAAGGAACCAAACAACUUUAUAACUUUACAACUCUCCACCGUCUCUUUAUCCCCAAAUAUUCUUCUAUUCUAGCCAUUCACCAAAUACAUAUCAUUUGGGCUUCAGUGACGCGCCCAUCCAACCACUCAGGUUUUUCCCUUGAGUGGUUUCUGCGUCCUUCGGUACCAACUGAUUUUCUAAAUUUUAACUAGGAUUUCUCCGCGCGCGCCCUUAGGAUCUUGGGAUCUUUCUCUCAUAUCUCUUACCAUAUGUCCACCGAACCGAUCGCCUUCAACGCCUCCCAUAUCCAAAAUGGCGGCGCUGGUAUUGACACCAGCUCAGAUUGAGCUAGCCAAUUCUCUCACACCUGCCGAAUUGCCAACAAAGCUACGAUGCGCGGUCUGUAGCAAGUUGGCCGUAAAUGCCUUUCGAUUACCAUGCUGCGAAACAGCAAUAUGCGAAAAAUGUCAAUCUACCUUACCUUCUGUCUGCCCUGUCUGCGAGCACUCUCCCGUUUCCGCGUCCGACUGCACCAUUUAUAAAUCUCUCCGAACUACAAUCAGAGUCUUUUUGAAAACAGAAGAGAAGAAGCGAGAAGCUGCUAAACCAAGAACCAAUGGAUCUACGCCUACUACUCCAGCGCAGGACACUCCGACUCCGACCCAGACACGCACCCCCACCGAACAACCUACUACAGACGCCACUACAGCUGUGCAACCCACCGAAGCCCAAAACCCGGACCAGGUGGCACCAACUACCGCCGUUGAGUCAGAAGAGCCUGCGAUUACUGGUUCAAAACCGGACAUUAAUGGCGAGUCAAAAGAGGAUAUACCUUCAAGCGUGCAGGCAGGAGAGGAGCCAGCUGUGGAUGAAGAAUCCAAGGCAGUCGUCCCCGCCGAGCAAGAAGGCCAAGAUGGAGAGACAGCAGAGGAUGCUCAGGAGGCUGAGCAGGACGGCGACGACAAAAAUCAAUCAGCGCAAAACGGUAUGGGUACCGGUUUUGACUCGAUGAAUGGUGCCUUCAAUAUGAACUUCGGAAAUGGAGAUAUGAAUCAAAUGCAGAUGAUGAUGGCCAUGCAAAACGGGAUGAACCCAGCCGCUUUUGGCUCUUUCCCCAUGAUGGGAAUGAUGGACCCGAUGGCGAUGCAGAAUAUGAUGAUGAAUGGUGGUUUUGGUGUGCAGGGCAUAGGCAUGAACGGCAUGAACAUGAACAUGAGCAUGGGCAUGAAUGGGUUCAAUAGUGGCGGCAAUGACUGGAACGGACAGCAAUCAUGGAACGUCGGCCAAGAUAAUUUCAAUCCAAAUGCUCCUGGAAUGGGAAAUGGUGACUUUGGCAACUUUAAUGCUGGUUUCCGUACAGGCUUCAAUUCAGGUAACUAUGGUCACCACAACCAAUUCAAUGAUUAUCGCCGAGGCAACUAUGGAUACCGAGGAAGAGGCCGAGGCCGAGGCUUCUAUGGAGGUUAUAACCGUGGCGGAUAUCACCACGGAUAUAACAACUCGAACGCCAGUUGGUCCGGACAAGGCCCUCAGUACUCGGGUGAUAAAAAUGAUCAAUCGGCGUUGGAUGGCCCCCAAGUAGCAGAUCAAACUUCCGGAAAUGUUGACGAAUUUGGCCGAGUAAUCCGACCAGAAUCGAAUGAAGAUGCACAAAAUACCGGAGAGAACGAGCAAACCGAAGCAGCAGAUAACCAGGAUAGUACCGCUGAUGGAACCGACAAAUUAGCUCAGGAGAACCCGGAACAAGUACCUAACGAGAAUGGGUCGCACUCUGUGCAGGGCGACCCUACAAAUGAUAAGGGUGAUGUAUCUUCUAGAGAUCAGCAUUCAGCAGCACCUCAAGGCCCUUCUCAUGGAAGCGUUGGUCCAAUGCAUAUCCAAACUGCGGUUCCGGAUAGACCAUUGAAUGCCCCUACUGGGCCGAAAGCUAUGCGUCAAGGCCUUCCUAACACUAGUCUUCACCAUCUAAGAGCCCGUGGCCUCAUUACUGAUGAACAGAGUCCAAGCUCCCGUACUAAUCAUCCUCCGAUUGUGGCAAGCCCAGCGGAGGAUAAGCAAAAGUCGCGGAGUAGUUCUCUGCAUUCAUCCAAAGAUAAAGACCGACAAAACCGUGAACGUGAUCGUGAUCGAGAACGUGACGAAGAAGAGAAGAGCAGAGGACGCCACAGUGAUAGAGAUCGUGAUCAAUCUAGGACGCAUGCUGUAUCUAAGAGCCGCAGUCGCAGCAGGGAUCGUAAGGAGUCCCGUAAGCAUAGACGGCAUCGAUCCCCGUCUGUAUCGGAUGAUGAACGUGACGGUGGCCAUCGCCGCCGCAGGCAUAGGAGCAGAAAGCGAUCCACUAGAGAUGACACUGACUACAUAGGUCGCUCAAGGGAAGAGAAGUACGACGAGCGUUCUAGAUCGACGUCCCCUGUGGACCGUGAGCAUAAGCGUUCAAGUCAUAGGAGCCGACGCGACCGAGAUGAUAGGCGUCGAGAUCGUGACCGUGACAUCGAUAGGGAAAGCGACUACGAUCGACACCGAAAGUCCGGCCAUAGGUCCCACCGAGACCGAGAUCGAGAACAGGAUCGCGAACGAGAUAGAGACCGGGAGAAAGACCGUUCGAAGGAUCAUAGCCGCGAUCAUGACGAAGAUCGCCAUCGUCGCGGCAGUAAAGCAUCUAGUGCCCUACCAACUCCCAUAGAACCCUCAGAUAAAUCCUUCAACCCCCCAACCGGACCCCGCGGUAGCUUUUCUAUUAAAGGAGCUAGCAGCAAACCAAGUUCUUCUGGGCUCGAGAUCAAGGGCUCUAGUAGUAAACCAUCAAACUCGAGCAAACGCGACAGCGUACCGUCCCGUCGCGCUUCCCAGUCCUCGGUCGCCAGUCAGAAACCGACGCCCAGUGCCCCUACCAAGGAUCCGCAUACGCUAGAGCGUGAGGCUCGCGAUAGAGAGCGCUUGCUUAAGGAAGCGCAGCGGAUGGCGGUUAUCGCGGGACGUAGUUCAGGGGUAAAGCGCGGCCGCGAAGCAGGCGAUGAGCGUGGUGGACGGAGGAAGAGUAGGCGGAGUGAGGCGGUUAGUGUGGAGGAUGAGGAGGACCGUAUGAGACGUCUCGAGGCGGAACGCGAGGGGCGCCGCUGGGAUUAGUAUCACACGGUUACUCCGUAUAAAUGGAAGUGGGGCCGAUAUUCGCGUGGCUUGUGAUUGGCGGCGCCACCGACGAGAGUUGAUAUCUAAGCUCUGUUGUUUUAAAGGCCUUCUACAAGCUUGAUUACAGCGUUUUUAAAGGCGCGAAAAGAAAAGUGGGGGCGAGGUCGUCGUUUUUCUUAUUCCCAGCUGUACUAUAUUGCAUUGCGCCGACGCACAUUUUCCGUCUCGGGGAAGGAGAGGAGCAUUUUUUUUGGCAUGGGAGAAGGUCAUCGCAUGCGUCGUCGACACGCCAAAAUUAAAAUAUCAGGCCAGAAAAGCUAGAAAGGGCAAAAGUGGACGGAAGGAAGAGUCGGAGAUAGGAGACUUGGCAUUGUGAAGCCGGUCCAGCUUCAGCAUUACAUAGGUAGAUGCAUAGUUAAGGUACUUAAUUGAUACGCGGAUCAAGAAGAGGGAUGAUGGUUUGUUUUUGUUGAGUGAAUUUCGUGAUUAAUGAUGUAGUGAG